AUGGGUCGGGUCUCUUUCACCGAGGAUACAAAAUUGUCACAGGAUACGCAGAUCGAAGAGGAGCAUACAUCAUCCGUGUUUGCUUAUCAAGAUGGCCCGGAGAACAAGUCCUGGGCGGGCGCGCUCCCCUUGAAGCAGGGUCUGUACGACCCUGAACUCGAAAAGGAUGCUUGCGGUGUCGGUUUCGCCGCCCACAUCAAGGGCAAAGCCAGUCAUAAGAUUGUCUCGGAUGCGAGGGCUUUGCUGUGUAACAUGACCCAUCGAGGUGCCGUGGGUUCAGACGCACGAGACGGUGACGGUGCAGGCGUAAUGACCUCCAUCCCCCACCGGUUCUUCCUCAAGGAAUUCGAGCGCGAACAGGGCUACAAGCUACCCGCACUUGGCCAGUAUGCCACCGGUAAUUUGUUCUUCAAGCCGGACGCCACCAUUCUGGAGGAGACGAAGAUCAUGUUUGAGGACGUUGCAGACCAGCUAGAUCUGAGGGUACUCGGAUGGCGAGUGGUCCCUCGUGAUUCUACUUUGCUUGGGCCAGCAGCGCUUUCACGAGAGCCCAUCAUUUUGCAGCCCUUUGUGGUCUUGAAGACAGCCUACGGUGUAGGCCGAGAGCCAAACCCCGACUUCCAGCAAAAGUACGACAAUGGGUACUUCGAGCGACAGCUGUAUGUCAUGCGAAAGCGGGCUACACACGUGAUUGGACUUCACAACUGGUUCUACAUCUGCUCGUUGUCCAACAAGAACAUUGUGUACAAGGGACAACUAUCUCCAGUCCAGGUCUACGAAUACUACCAUGAUUUGGUCAACGUCGACUACGAGGGUCACUUCGCACUCGUGCACUCCCGAUUCUCGACCAACACAUUCCCCAGCUGGGAUCGUGCUCAGCCAUUACGGUGGGCCGCUCACAAUGGCGAGAUCAACACAUUGCGCGGAAAUAAAAACUGGAUGCGGGCACGCGAGGGUGUCAUGAAGUCCAACUUGUUCGGCGAAGAUCUCGAUAUGAUGUACCCUAUUGUAGAGGAUGGUGGAUCCGACUCGGCCGCCUUUGACAACGUUCUGGAGCUGCUUACUAUCAACGGUGUUCUCUCUCUCCCCGAGGCGGUCAUGCUUAUGGUACCUGAGGCAUGGCAAGGAAAUCAUACCAUGGACCCUGCCAAGCAGGCCUUUUACGAAUGGGCAGCUUGCAUGAUGGAGCCCUGGGAUGGCCCAGCACUGUUCACAUUCUCUGAUGGACGCUACUGUGGAGCCAACCUUGACAGAAACGGCCUCCGUCCUUGCCGUUACUACAUCACAGACGAUGAUCGCAUCGUGUGUGCUUCUGAAGUUGGCACAAUCUCCAUCGAGCCAGAGCGAGUGGUCCAAAAAGGUCGUCUCCAGCCUGGUAAGAUGUUGCUCGUCGAUACUGUCGCUGGACGAAUUGUCGAUGAUGCCGAGCUGAAGCAGACUGUCGCUCAGCGCAACGACUUUCGGUCCUGGAUCGAGAAGAACUUGCUCACUCUCCCCAAGGUCAUGGAGCAGGUCGCUGCCAAGGGUGUCGACCUGUCCCUUACAUUGGAUGAGACAAAGCUGCAGGAAGACCCCCGCUUGCGAGCUUUUGGAUAUUCUCUGGAGCAGGUCAGCUUGCUUCUUGGUCCCAUGGCCGCAGACUCAAAGGAAGCUCUUGGCUCAAUGGGCAACGACGCUCCUCUUGCCUGUUUGGCAACACAGCCUCGUCUGCCAUAUGAGUACUUCCGUCAACUCUUUGCUCAGGUUACCAACCCUCCCAUUGACCCUAUCCGUGAGGCUAUUGUCAUGUCAUUAGAGGCAUAUGUCGGUCCCCAGGGUAACCUUUUGGAGAUGGAUGAGUCUCAAUGUGGUCGCAUGCUUUUGCCGUCACCAGUGCUUUCUAUUGAGGAGUUCAAGGCCUUGAUCAACACGCAGACCUUGCACCCGGAGUGGACUGUGAAGAGAAUCGACAUCACUUUCCCCAAGAGUGAGGGUAUUGAAGGCUACAUGGCUGCCCUUGAUCGCAUCUGUGAAGAGGCUUCUGAGGGUAUCAAAGCUGGUGACAAUAUCAUCGUCCUCACUGAUCGCGCCGCAUCUGCCAGCCGCGUUGCUGUCUCUGCGUGCUUGGCUACCGGUAUGGUACACCACCAUCUUGUGCGUAACAAAUGGCGAUCCAACGCUGCUCUUGUCAUCGAGACGGGGGAGGCCCGUGAGGUUCACCACAUGUGUGUCCUCGUGGGUUAUGGUGCUGAUGCCAUCUGCCCAUACCUGGCCAUUGAGUGUAUUCUCAAGAUGCACCGUGAAGGCCUCAUCCGCAAGAAGCUCAGCCCUGAGCAGCUGGUCGACAACUACAAGCAUUCUUGCGAUGGCGGUAUCCUGAAGGUCAUGAGCAAGAUGGGUAUCUCAACUAUUCAGUCCUACAAGGGUGCUCAAAUCUUCGAAGCUCUUGGUCUGGAUGACACUGUUGUGGAUCGUUGCUUCACAGGAACUGCAUCCCGUAUUAAGGGCAUGACCUUUGAGCUCAUUGCCGAAGAUGCCUUCGCUCUGCACGAAAAGGGUUACCCGUCCCGCCCCAUCGUCGAGGUCCCUGGUCUCGUUGAGACCGGUGAGUACCACUGGCGUGACGGAGGCGAGCCUCACGUCAACGACCCCACUGCGAUGGCUAACAUCCAGGACGCCGUUCGCACCAAGAACGACAAGUCCUACGAGGCUUACUCCAUUGCCGAGUAUGAGCGCAUCAAAGACUGCACACUCCGUGGUCUUCUCGACUUCAACUUUGACGAUUGCACGCCUAUUCCCAUCGAUCAAGUGGAGCCAUGGACAGACAUUGUGCGCCGCUUCGUUACAGGUGCCAUGUCUUACGGUUCCAUCUCUAUGGAGUCACAUUCCACACUUGCUGUUGCCAUGAAUCGUCUUGGCGGUAAGUCCAACACUGGUGAGGGUGGCGAGGAUCCGGAGCGCAGUUUGCGCAUGGAGAACGGCGACACCAUGCGAUCUGCCAUCAAGCAAAUCGCUUCUGGACGUUUCGGUGUCACCUCGAACUAUCUCGCCGAUGCUGAUGAGCUUCAAAUCAAGAUGGCUCAGGGUGCUAAGCCUGGUGAGGGAGGUGAGCUGCCCGGCCACAAGGUCUCCGGCUCCAUUGCUAAGACCCGUCACUCUACCCCUGGUGUCGGUCUCAUUAGUCCUCCCCCUCACCACGAUAUCUACUCCAUCGAAGAUCUGAAGCAGCUCAUCUACGAUCUCAAGUGCUCCAACCCACGCGCCCGUGUCUCCGUCAAGCUCGUCUCCGAGACUGGUGUUGGAAUCGUUGCUUCCGGUGUCGCCAAGGCCAAGGCUGACCAUAUUCUCAUCUCUGGUCACGAUGGUGGAACUGGUGCUUCCCGAUGGACUGGUAUCAAGUAUGCUGGUCUUCCAUGGGAGUUGGGCCUUGCAGAGACUCAUCAGACUUUGGUGCUUAACGACCUCCGUGGCCGUGUCAUUGUCCAGACUGACGGCCAACUCCGUACUGGACGCGAUGUUGCCAUCGCUUGUCUGCUUGGAGCUGAAGAAUGGGGCUUUGCCACCACUCCGUUGAUCGCCAUGGGCUGCAUCAUGAUGAGAAAGUGCCACCUCAACACCUGUCCCGUCGGUAUUGCGACCCAGGACCCGGAGCUUAGGAAGAAGUUCACCGGCACCCCCGAGCAUGUCAUCAACUUCUUUUACUACAUCGCCAACGAGCUCCGUGCAAUCAUGGCCAAGUUGGGAUACCGGACCAUCAACGACAUGGUCGGCCACUGCGAGAACCUCCGCAUUCGCGACGAUCUGCGCACGCGCAAAACUGAGAAUAUUGACUUGUCUUUGAUCCUCACUCCGGCUCACACUCUUCGCCCCGGCGUUGCUACUUUCAACGUUCGCAAGCAAGACCACCGCCUCCACGUCCGCUUGGACAACAAGCUCGUUGCCGAAUCCGAGCUCGCUCUCGAGAAGGGUCUUCCCGCCCGUAUCGAGUGCGACGUCGUCAACACCGAUCGUGCGCUGGGUGCCACGCUCUCUUACCACAUCAGCAAGCGCUAUGGCGAGGCUGGUCUACCGCAAGACACCAUUCACGUCAACAUUCGUGGUUCUGCCGGCCAGUCUUUCGGUGCCUACCUAGCUCCUGGUGUCACACUUGAGCUGGAGGGUGACGCCAACGACUAUGUUGGUAAGGGUCUGUCUGGAGGUCGCCUGAUCGUCUAUCCUCCUCGCAAUGCAGUCUAUCGUGCCGAGGAGAAUGUCUUGAUCGGUAACGUCUGCCUGUACGGUGCUACUCGUGGUACUUGCUUCUUCCGUGGUAUUGCUGCCGAGCGCUUCUGCGUUCGUAAUUCUGGUGCUACGGCAGUUGUUGAGGGUGUCGGUGACCAUGGCUGCGAGUACAUGACUGGUGGUCGUGUUCUCGUUCUUGGCUCUACUGGUCGUAAUUUUGCUGCUGGUAUGUCUGGCGGUAUUGCAUACGUGCUUGACAUCCACCAGGACUUCGAGCCCAAGGUCAACCAGGAGAUGGUUGAGCUAUCCGGCAUCGAGGAGCCAGAAGAAAUCGCGUUUGUCCGAGGUCUCAUCGAGGACCACCAUCACUACACUGGCUCGGAGCUCGCCGCCCGCAUCCUGCUCGACUUCACACGCGCUCUGCCUCGCUUCGUCAAAGUCAUGCCCGUCGACUACAAGCGUGUUCUCAUGGAGGAGAAGGCCAAGGCCGCCGAGAAGAAGAAGUCGGAGUACCCUCUUCCUCUCCUCGCUGGCAACCCUGUUCGCGCAGCACACGAGCACAGUCGAAAGACUGAAGCUGAUGCCGCAGCCAAGGACAAGAAGAAGAGUGACUUGCUUGAUAUUGAGGAGAGCGUCACUGAUGCAAAGGCCGAGAAGAAGAAGGCUCUCGUUCUUGACAAGACACGCGGCUUCAUGAAGUACCAGCGCCGUGCUGAGAAGUACCGCAACCCCAAGACACGAACUCGUGACUGGGCAGAACUUUCGCAACGUUUGAACGAGGACGAACUCAAAUACCAGUCAGCUCGUUGCAUGGACUGUGGUGUUCCUUUCUGCCAGUCCGAUACAGGUUGCCCGAUCUCGAACGUGAUCCCACGCUGGAAUGAGCUCGUCUUUCAAGGUCAGUGGCGCGACGCUUUGAACCGCCUUCUGAUGACAAACAACUUUCCUGAAUUCACCGGUCGUGUGUGCCCUGCACCUUGUGAGGGUGCCUGUGUUCUAGGCAUCAACGAGGACCCUGUCGGUAUCAAGUCUAUCGAGUGCGCCAUCAUCGACCGAGGUUUCGAGAAGGGCUGGAUGGUCCCGACACCUCCCCAAAUCCGCUCUGGCAAGACUGUUGCUAUUAUCGGAUCUGGUCCUGCUGGUCUUGCUUGCGCAGAUCAGCUCAACAAGGCGGGCCAUACAGUCACUGUCUUCGAGCGUGCUGAUCGCUGUGGCGGUCUUCUGAUGUAUGGUAUACCCAACAUGAAGCUCGACAAGAAGGUUGUCCAACGCCGUGUGGAUUUUAUGGCUGCCGAGGGAAUCCAGUUCAAGACUGGCGUCACUGUUGGCGAGGAAGGGCAGACAAAUCUGGAGAAGCUGCGCAGUGAGUAUGACGCAGUAGUCUUCGCCACCGGUGCCACCGUUGCUCGUGAUUUGCCAAUUCCUAAUCGCAACCUGGACGGCAUCCACUUCGCCAUGCAAUUUUUGCACAAGAACACAAAGUCGCUCCUGGACUCUGAGUUGGCGGAUGAAGCUUACAUCUCUGCUAAGGACAAGCAUGUUGUUGUUAUUGGUGGAGGUGAUACAGGCAACGACUGUAUUGGUACCUCUGUUCGACAUGGCGCCAAGUCAGUCGUCAACUUCGAGUUGUUGCCUCAGCCACCGGCAGAGCGUGCCCGUGAUAACCCAUGGCCACAGUGGCCUCGCAUUUUCCGUACCGAUUAUGGACACAGCGAGGUCAAAACUCACAUGGGCAAGGAUCCUCGUGAGUACUGUGUCAUGUCCAAAGACUUCGUCGACGAUGGAAGUGGGAAAGUGAAGGGCAUCAACACUGUUCGCGUCGAAUGGACCAAGUCCGCUAGUGGUGGCUGGGAUAUGAAACAUAUCGAAGGCAGCGAGCAAUUCUUCCCAGCUGACCUCGUCCUCCUGUCUAUGGGUUUCCUUGGCCCCGAGCAGCGCGUCAUGAGCGACAUCGUUGAACUGGACGGUCGUAAGAACAUCAAGACUCCGCCGGGACACUACAACACCAAUCUAUCAGGGGUCUUCGCUGCUGGCGAUUGCCGUCGUGGUCAGUCCCUCAUUGUCUGGGGUAUCAACGAAGGUCGCCAGUGUGCCCGAGAUGUUGACUCCUUCUUGACUGGAUACGGCACUUCGCUUCCAGUCACUGGUGGCAUCGUCAAGCGCCCCCAAUAUGACGCCUUGAACGCUGCUAUCGGCGCGCCCGGACCCAAGAUUGCGGUCUCCGCAUAG